AUUAUCUGACAUUCACCGCCCACGAAAAUCACUUUUUAUCGAGUGAGAACCGAAGUUUGUCUUUCUGAACGCAGAGAGAAGCGGGAUAUCUGAGUGUUCACUGCAGCUGCUCAGCAUGUUUAAAGUUAUUUCCUGUCUCAGUGGCCGGACGGUUUUAUCUGGACAGUCCUGCUCUCGGCCCAGUUUGGCCAAACUCCACUUGGCAGGUGGUGCAUUAUGUCAGAAAUCAGCCCUCAAAUACCCUCCCACAAACUUGCCAGAGAUGCCCCCUUGCAAAUUCAGUCCACAGGAAUACAAGGGCAUGUCAAAAGAACGGAUGAUGGAGAUACGCAGACAGAACUGCAACCCCAUGACCAUGAAAGUUACAUAUUAUAAGAAACCAGUGUUCAUACAUAAGGGACGCAUGCAGUGGCUGUGGGAUGUGGACGGGAGGCGAUAUCUGGAUCUGUUUGCUGGUGUGGCCACCGUCAGUGUGGGUCAUUGCCACCCGAAAGUAACAGCAGCUGCCGAGAAGCAGCUGAAGGAUCUGUGGCAUACCACUAACAUCUAUGUCUAUCCUGCUCUCCAUGAGUACUGUGAGAAACUUGCUUCCUACUUACCAGAUCCUCUUAAGGUGGUCUAUCUGACCAACAGUGGCUCAGAGGCCAACGACCUGGCGAUGCUGAUGGCUCGGCUCUACACAGGCAACUAUGAUAUCAUCACUUUCAGAGGAUCGUACCACGGUGGCAGCCCUCAGACCAUGGGUCUUACUUCCAAUGCAGCCUAUAAAUACCCCAUUGCCAAUGGUUUAGGCUGCACAAAUACCAUGUGUCCUGAUGUGUUCAGAGGUCCAUGGGGAGGAAACCACUGCAGGGACUCUCCUAUACAGACCAUCAGACAGUGUAGCUGUGCCGAAGGUCAAUGCAUGGCAAAUGAACAGUAUAUUAGACAGCUCCAAGAGACAUUGGUUACAAGUGUCCCAAGUAGAAUUGCUGCUUUCUUCGGAGAGCCGAUUCAGGGAGUCGGAGGAGCUGUGCAAUACCCCAAAAACUACCUCAAGGAGGCCUACAAACUUGUAAGAGAGAGAGGAGGAGUCUGCAUUGCUGAUGAGGUUCAGACUGGAUUUGGGCGAACUGGGACGCAUUUCUGGGGUUUCCAAGGGCAUGACGUCAUUCCUGAUAUGGUCACAAUGGCAAAGGGCAUCGGCAAUGGAUUCCCAAUGGGAGCUGUGGUUACAACACCUGAAAUUGCCGCUUCAUUCGCCAAGGGGGUUCACUUCAACACCUUCGGAGGAAAUCCCGUGGCUUGUGCCGUUGGUUCAUCGGUGUUAGAUGUCAUCAAAGAGGACGGCACACAGAAGAUCAGUCUCGACGUGGGCACUUAUCUGAUGACAGAGCUGGCUAAACUCAGAGACAAGUACGAAGUCAUUGGUGACGUCCGUGGAAAAGGCCUGCAGAUUGGAGUGGAAAUGGUCAAAGACAAGGCCAGCAGAGAUCCGCUGCCUCCUGAGGCGAUGUCAGAGAUCUUUGAGGAUGUCAAGGACAUGGGAGUCCUGCUCGGGAAAGGAGGACUCUACGGACAGAUCUUCCGCAUUAAACCACCCAUGUGCAUCACGAUGGAAGACGCAGAUUUCUUUUUGGCAGUUUUUGAUAAGUCCAUCCACAACUACAUGGAAAAGCAAUGAAAGCCAGAUACCAGUCAGAUGAAUAACUUGGUGCCAAGGACUAGGGCCCCAUCGAUAUGGAUUUUUUGAGGCCGAUGCAGAUUCUGAUAUUUGGCAGAAAAAAAAAUUCCAAUAACCAAUUAACUGGCUGAUUAAUUUAAAAAAAUAUAUAAUGAAUAAAAUAACUUCUUUUUUUGGUCCCUUAACGCUACAACAACAAAGAUUAACAAAGUUUAACAAUACUUUCUCCUUUACUAUUUGCUUAACUUUACAACAGAGAAGAAUUUAAGUACAAAAACAUGCAACAAAGCAUCAAACCUCUGGGAAAUUACAUAACCCUAAAAAAAAAAAAAGUCAAUUUCUAAACAUGUUAUGAAAUACAUCUUGUCUUGUACUUCUUGUUGCUGCAAAUUAGACGUAGGUUAUGUAAAUAUAUACUGUAUAUAAGCAAAAUAAUGAGUGAAGUUACUGGCAAAACAUAUAUAUGCAGCCCUGUGAUGCCCUAUAGCGUUAAAUCACAUUUUCUCUACUUCAUUAUUUUCUUUGCCAUCAAGUAUGGACUCAUAUGAAUCAAAGUAAAAACCAGAGACUCCUUUCUCAGAUGUAAAACAUGUCAUCUUUGACAGACUUGCAGUUUAAAUGUAUAGUGGUCACAAAUAGUCCGACACUAAUGUUACUCCAUAACAACACACAGUGAGUUACUAUUAUAGCCUGUGUCACUGUGUUCUAGUAUAUUUUGACAACGUAAAACUGAGUGGCAUCAUGGCGGUUGUUGAACAGAGAGUAAUGUUAAUCAUUUUACCUGAAUAAACCUCCUCUGCGUUCACAUGGCUUCUCCUUAAAUAUGCCUCAACAUGCUGUGUAUGUGACCACAACAACGACCACCACGGUGACUCCUCCAAAUGGCCAUCCAGACUAUUGCACGAGAGCCUUAUGUUGCAGUUGUUUCAGGUUUGUCUUUUAGCUGCUUGAGGUGGACAUAGCUCGGCCUCUCGUUUCAAAAAUCUUCCGCCGUGCUGCAACCAGUCCCUGCUCUCCUUGCUGCACACGCAGCAACAUGCAACUGAAAUUCUUCUCUUUUAUAAGACUCACUGAGUGGCGGAUUUAUUGCUCCUGCGUUCGGAGCCAAAUAUCACAGAUACACACUGUGCCAACAUGCAGCUGACGGAGUGAUGAACGGUUGCUCUGUACUCAAAUAUUUUUGAAAAUUAUGUUAUUUCUGCAGUUACUUGCUGGCUUUGGGCCCUACCAAGGACCAAAUGUUCGUGUACCAUAAUUUUUUACUGGCAGAAACAUCCCUGUAAAUGUUAUUACUAUUAUGUUAAAUAUGAUGUUGCGCUCAGCAAAGUUGGACCUGCUGGACUGUCAAUGUUAAUAAAAAGAGUUACAUCGUC